AUGCACCAUCCGGUGUUUAGCAAGGCGCCCUCCUUCGUGACGCGACUUCCUUGUACGCAGCACGCUCCUCCAGCCAGAACCGGUACUCUUUUCCAUUGCGUGUACACCCUAGCAUCAUCGCGUCUCUCAACAUCAAAUGGAUGUCCUCUUACCCAUGCAAGAUUCUUCUCUUCCGGGCGGAUGAUUAGUUCACAUAGAGACGGUGCAACCACAGGCUCGGAUCCCUUCCACUAUACAAGUGGCCGAUGGCUCCAUCGGGAUACGCUAGAACGAGAAGCACGCACUGUACGAUUCGACUUCGAUGCACUGCGUAGUAGGGUUGUUGCGCUUUGUCCUGGUGCCAAUUCUAUCAUUUCGUAUAGUAAGAAGGAAGGUGGCUUCAAUCGGGUGUUUAUAUUUCACACUGAUAAUGCGAAACGUGUCGUUGCGAGACUGCCGUUUUCGGUCGCUGGACCGCAAAGCUUGACUACCAAUUCUGAGGUAGCGACGAUUAAAUUCAUACAAGCGAAAACAAGUAUCCCCAUUCCGAAGAUACUAGAAUGGAGUGAUGAUCCCUCGAAUACCAUUGGUAGUGAAUACAUCAUCAUGGAACACGCACCAGGGGUUUCACUGCACGAGAAAUGGCAGAGUAUGGACGUAAGUGACCAGAUAAAGUGUAUACGAGCAAUAUUCGAAAAGUUAAGAGAGCUUGUCGACCUCGACUUCCAGGCUUACGGCAGCUUGUACUUUGCGGAUACUCCAUACAUCGCGGCUCAGAAGCUACCAUUUGACCAGGAAUUUGCUAUUGGUCCUCAUUGCGGAGCCAUCUACUGGGACUGCAACGUCGGACAACCUAGAUACUUCCAUGAUGUUCACCCCAAUCGAGGACCCUGGCCUAAUCUUGCUGCAUAUUGUAAUGGUUUAAUAGAUAAUGGGAUUGCCAGACUUCCACCAGCAGACCUAUCUCCACGACGACCACGCUACCAUGGAUCCGUCCAAACACAUCGCCGACUGCUUGAACAGGGUCACUCAGUCCUAAGUAAGAUGGCCAUGGACUCUCGUAUCCAAAAGGCAGCUGUACCUGUGAUAUUUCAUCCCGAUCUACACGCCCGAAACAUCUUCGUCUCAGCAGAAGAUCCCACCACCAUCUCAGCAAUCAUCGAUUGGCAAUCCUCUGGCAUCCAGCCAGCAUUCUGGCACGCAGAUGAGAUACCAGACUUUGCGCAACCUAUUCCUGAUCAUCAAAACGAAGACCGUACGGAGCCUAAAAGCGAGGCGUGCGCAAAAGUGUUUAAUGCUUGUAUUCAAUUCUUAGCCCCAAAACUGGCAACAGCUAGAUUGAUAGACGAAUCUUUGCUCCGACCAUUCCGCUACUCCUACCGGACUUGGGCAGACGGCGCCGUUGCCUUCCACGAGGAGCUCAUCCAAACAGCGCUACACUGGGACGAACUUGGCUUCACAGAACCGUGUCCGUUCACACUACCCUCCCCUGAUGAACUUGCGCGCCAUCAGCAGGAUUACAAGCUGUUCGAAGCGAAACAGCAGCUAAAGCAUCUCUUGCCACGUCUGCUAAAUACUGAGUCUGACGGUUGGAUUCCUCCCGAACAAUGGGAAGCGACCCAGUCCGCGCACCGAGAGGCAUUCGCGGGAAUAUUACAGGAAGUACUGGCAACCCAGCAGCCGGACGAUGAUGAGCCAAUCAGAAACGAAGACGAUCUCAGAGAUAUCUGGCCAUUUGAUCUGCCAGUGUAG